AAUGUCAUAAUGUUUUGUAUGUCAUACGUUUAUAAGUACAUAUAAAUUAUAAUACCAGAAAAAACAUCCGAAAAUUUAAAGUAAAUUUGACUCUUAGUUAUUUUUAACCAUAAUAAUGGAUAACUUCAUUGCUAAUUUAAAAAACAAAAUAAUGUUACCAGGCCGCGAAGAAAAAGAUGAAUCGUUAAAAAGAAACCCUCCCAUAAUUCCUAUGCCAGAUAUAGACAAUAUGACGGCUUCUGCACCCCGCUCCGAGCCCCCCGCGCAGGAUGUCUCCCAGGUCCAGAAUGAAGAAACCGCUGAAAAGAGUCCCAGUAAACCCAGCUUUAACGUUCUGUUGAAAUCAUUGGUGUCAUCCGAGAAAAAGGAAGAAGAGCCAAAGCAUGUCCCGAAUCCGAUAGAAGAUGAUAUUUUCAUAUACUAUGAUUGAUAGCAACUAGUUAUUACUCUUAGGGCCUGUUUCAUAAUGUCCAAGUAAAGUCCUGAAUGCUACUUCUCACUUAUCUGACGAAUAAAGUCAACUUUGGCGUUUCACAGUCUUCAAAUAAACUUAACUGGUAGAUUAAGUGCUAAGUUUCGCAUGACGGUUAAUUUAUUUGUUAAUUAGCUAUCCAAAACUUUACUUGGCAAAUGUGAAACAGGCCCUUAGUAAAAUAAAGGAACACGGAAUGAGGUAUACAACCUGAGAAGAUUUUUUAUUUUAAAUUCACAAUACGAGUAUAAUAUAUCUUUGCAUUUCUAAAA